GGAUCCACAUGUUACUUGAACAGUGUGCUGCAGGUGCUGUUCAUGACCAAAGACUUCAGAGAUGCUGUGACAAGGAACUCUGAAGAAAAUCCUCACACUGAGUUUCUUGAUCAUCAUCUGAAAGCCUUAUUUGAUGACUUACAUAACUAUAGAGCAUACACAUAUGAAAUAACACAGAAGCUGGGCAUCGACAAUGUGUAUGAACAGCGUGAUGCUGCAGAGUACUUUGAGAGGGUUUUAAGAAUGACCAGCACUGAUGCAUCAAAGAUCUUCCACGGUCAGUUAGCAAACAAGACCACCUGCUCUAAAGGACAUAUACAGACUGACGGAGAUGCACCGUUUUGGCAUCUUCCUCUUUCACUGGUGGAUUACUGCAGUAAAGACUACAGUGUGGUGAAGGGCAUUGAAGAGUUUUUUAAACCUUCAGAUUUCUGUGGAGAAAAUCAAAUGUACUGUGAGCAGUGUGAUGACAAAGUUGAUGCUACUAUGACAGAUGUAAUUAAGCAUCAUCCAGAUGUUUUGUGUCUAAUGCUGAAGAGGUUUGAGUUCAACUAUAAUUACAUGUCAUAUGUCAAAAUCACCUGUUCAGUGGAGGUUCCCUACACCCUGCAGAUACCAGAGAGUCAGACAUAUGAACUGUAUGCGUUUGUGGAUCAUUUUGGUGAUCUGAGAGGAGGACAUUACAGUGCAACAAUCAAGAUCCAGGAGGAACAUGGAGACAGAUGGUAUCAGUUUGAUGAUACCAGGGUCACAAAGCUUGAUUAUCAGCCAUUCCAGCUGGAUAUCACUGACACGUCCCAGACUGCAUAUCUUCUGUUUUACAGGAAAAAGAAAGAUAUUGGUAUUCCAGAGUCCACAGAUGUGUUCACCAGUGGACCACUUACCAUCAAUAAUGAAGAUCAGAAACAAGAUGGGAAAAAUGAGAAAAAGAGAAGGAGAGAAGGGGAGGAGACUAAUCAUGCUGAGAAGGAGGAUGAGAAGAAAACAAAAACAGAUUUUCAACAUGACACAAAAGGAAAGAUUCGUGCUGAUAAACCAACAGCAGAGAUGUGCUGUGACACAUUUCAGGAUAAAGAAAAAGUUGAUGAAGGAAAAGAAAACAGACUACAAGAUGAUCUGAAUCAUAAACAUGGAAAAGGACAGCAUGAUACAUUAAACAUGCAGGACAUCAGUGUUACACAUUCAAAUGAUAAUGAUAUUUGUGUAGAGACAGAAAUCAGAAAUAUGAAGGAGGGCAGGAGAGAAAGAAAAGGAAACAAUAAAGGUGAUCACAGUAAGUUUUGGCAAAACACAGCAGGGGAGGCAAGUUGUGCUGCUAGGACACAGAAAGAUGUGGAGGAAGAGAUGAAAGUGAAAGAAUACGAAGGAAAUACUAAACAAAUUCAGACCAGAGAAAAAUCCCAUCUAAGACCAGUGGGACCAGAAAUAAUAGAAGCACCCAGAGAAAACCAGGAUGCUGGUACAAAUGAAAAAACAAAAGCAGAGCGUUUUCAACCACAAGCCAGAUAUGAGAUUGGGGAAAGCAAAGAAGGAAGAUGUGGUUCACAGAGGUCAGUAAAAGUUCAAAUGACUCAUGAAGGACUUAGGCAGAACCAUGAUGGUGAAAGUUUUGGGACAAAGACGAAGAAAACAAGAAAAGAAAAUGUAGAGAAAACCUCACAAGGCAGGUCUAAGAGACAUGUCAAAAAUAAUGAAGGAAACACAAGCAAACCCAAAGGAUUAACACAAAGCAAGUCAGGGCAGAAGAAAAGAAGAACCAAAAGAGAAGAACGAAUUCUGCAUGACACAAAUGAUCCAAAAUACACCAAAAUUCCCAAACUGAAUGAUAUAGAAAUAGAAGCUGCUGAAUCAAGUGCAGACAGCGAGACAUGUGGGUGUUGUUCAUGGAUUGUCGCACUGAUAAAGAAAAAAAGAAAAAAAAACAAGACUGGUAUUUGUAGUGAGAUAGAGUUGAGAGAAACUGUAGAGAAAACCUCACAGUGCAGCUCUGCGAGACUUGUCAAAAAUAAAGAAGAAAAUAUUGAAAAUAAGUCUCAGACAAAAAAAUGCAAUCUACGCCGGAGGGUCAAAACAAAGUGAGUCAGAGCAGCAGAAAAGAAGACCCAAAAGAGAAGAACAAACUCACCAUGACACAAAUUAUUCAAUAUACACUGAAACUCUCAAACUGGAUGAUGAAGAAAUAGAAGCGUCUGAAUCAAGUCUAGAGAACAAGAUGUGGGUGUCGUUCAUGGUUUGUCGCAUUGAUAAAUAAAAAAAUCAAGAACAGUAUUUGUGAAAUAAUAUUUUAACGAUUAUUUAAUGACAAGUCUCCACUUGUGGUAAUUUAACAUAAAUUAUUUAUCUUUAAUUUAAUAUUUUAUAUUUUUUCACCAGAGAUCAGUGACAUACAGGCCAUACACAGAGCUCUUUAGUAACUGUAACUAUUUUUUUUAAAUCUCGAUUUAUUUGGAGAAUGCAGUAUGAGUGUUGCUUCCCAUUUUUAUCAGCAAGAAGAAAAAAGUAAGAAAAGUAAACAUACAAACAAACAUGAAACAUAGCAGUAUAUUUUUAUUAAGUUAAACAGGUGUUACAAUCACUUGCUUUGAAUAAGGAUAUGAGGAUACAUUAUUUUUGUUAUUUGUUGAUCUACCAUAUUUAAUUGUGAUUUCUAUGUUACUGAUUUAUUAAAAGUGUUGUCUCAUUGUUUAUUAUUUUCUAGUAUUGUUUGUAAUAUCAGUUAUUUCAUGUGACUGUGCAUAUUCUUUGGAUUUUAGUAUAACUGCUAUAAAUGGUAAUCUGAGACAGCAGCUUUGAGGCAAAAAUAAUAUUUCUACUUGCAGCAUUUUUUUUAUUGCCACUGAAGGGAACACAGGUAGAAAUUUUACAAUGAAAAUAGUGGUUUGUGAAGUCAAAGUUAUUGUUUGCAAAAAAACAUUUAGGUUUGGUUAAUGGAAAAUUUAAAUUAUCAUUAGUUUAUUAUUUUCCCAAAUUGGUUGUUGCUUAACCUUUCAACAAAUGUUCAAGUAGCUUAUGU